GUUUCUCGAUUCCAGCUCAACGAAGCUAACACAUUUUUUUUUUAAAUAAUAAGCACGAUUUUUUUUAUUUUCCACUUCAGUGUUUAGUUUUCCCCACUCGGUCGCCAUACCAAAUUGUUCUAUAGUACAGAGCAAAUAGUGAAAAUCUUUAGCGAAGUUUACCCAAAUUUCUACGCAAAAUGACUCGAUCGCAGAUAAUCUCCAGCCUGCGCCGUUCUACCCUGGGAUUGUUCAGGUGCCACAAGGCGCUCAUUUUUGCCAGAAUUCCAGCUUUUCAGCAGGUGAGAUGCAAGAGUGAGGAUGGCAGCUGCAACACCUGCAACUUGCAGGGAGUAGUGGUUGGCCUGUAUGCCAAGGAUGGUGAUAAGGGGCUCAAGUUGUCCCCGGGUGGCGAGAAGUUCGACGACCGUGUCGGCGGCAAGAUCACGGAACUAAUCAAGGAAUCUGGACUCAAUGGUGAGCUCGGAGUGGGUCGACUAUAUCAGAAUAUCGAUAAGGAGUACUGGGCCGUGGCGGUUGUGGGCCUGGGCAAGGAAGGAGCUGGCUUCAAUGCCGAGGAAGUCAUCGACGAGGGCAUGGAGAACGUGAGGGUGUGCGCCGCUGUGGGUGCCCGAGCUCUUCAGCUGCAGGGCUGCACCACCUGCCAUGUGGAUGGCAUGGAGUAUCCGGAGCAGGCUGCCGAAGGCGCCGCCAUGGCCGUGUGGCGUUACAAUGUGAACAAGCGCAAGAAGAACCGCAUUGCCAUACCGAAACUGGAACUGUACGGAUCCACAGAUCAGGAUGCCUGGACGAGGGGGCUGUUCAAGGCCGAAUCGCAGAAUUUGGCACGCCGUUUGUCGGACACGCCCGCCAACCAGAUGACGCCAUCCAUUUUCGCCCAGGCCACCGUGGAUGCAUUGUGUCCCUGUGGUGUUUCAGUCGAAGUGCGUUCGAUGGAUUGGAUUGAGACGCAGAACCUAAACUCCUUCCUCAUGGUGGCCAAGGGCUCGUGCGAGCCACCCAUUAUCCUGGAAGUCAGCUAUUGCGGCACCUCGCCGGAGGAGCGACCCAUUCUUAUGCUCGGCAAGGGACUGACCUUCAACAGCGGUGGCCUAUGCCUGCAUCCGAAAAGGGGAAUGGACGAGUACCGUGGAGCAGUUUCCGGAGCUGCAGUCUGCGUGGCCGCCAUUCGAGCGGCAGCCGCACUAUCGCUGCCUAUUAAUGUGUCCGCCGUGUUACCCCUGUGUGAAAAUAUGCCAUCGGGAAUGGCCACCAAGCCGGGCGAUGUGGUCACACUACUGAACGGCAAGACCAUGCGCAUCAAGGAUAUCUCACUGGCCGGCACUGUCCUCCUGGCGGAUCCCCUGCUAUACGCCCAGUCGACUUUUAAGCCCAAGUUGGUGGUGGAGGUGGGCUCGAUGGCCAGCGGCAUUCGCAAAGGACUGGGAGCCUCGGCCACUGGCCUGUGGACCAAUAACUCCUUCCUCUGGAAGAACUUCCAAAAGGCCGGAGCUCUCACUGGCGAUCGUUUGUGGCGCAUGCCCCUGUGGAGGUACUUCCGCAAACUAGUGGCCCCCCGUGCAUCCUACGAUAUAUGCAGCACGGGAGAGGGACACGCAUCCUCCUGCUUGGCGGCUGCUAUCCUUUACGAACUGGUUCCCUGCUCCGACUGGGUGCACCUGGAUACCCACGGCACCGGCAUGCUGGCCAAGCACGGAGUUCCUCCGUAUUUGCUCAAGGAUUGCAUGACUGGUCGUCCGACCCGAUCGAUCAUCCAGUUCCUCUACCAGAUGGCCUGCAAAUAAUGCAUCUUUAAUUUGCACUUGACAAGGGAUACGCGGCAUCCCGAUAAUACGUGUCUGUCUGAAAAUUCAGUGUCCUUUAUGUGCUCGGUCACUUGUUCUAUAUUAUCCAUUUGACGCGCCCAUGUUCGGGUUAAUUUCUAGUCGGUAUAGUGAUUAUCCUGUACCUUAAAGAUGUAUUCCGUGAUAUCAGUAUGGUUGUAAACUUAAAUAGAAUAAAAUUCAGGUAGCGAAUGUAA